GAUGGCGUUGCUACAUCCAAAAUUGUACUCCAAUUCGUCGAUGCUGUUGUAUCGAUUCUUGGUGAUCUUGUGCAAAUUGAUGAUCCGCAUUCGCUACUUUUUGUUCUGGAACCCAAGGACCAAAUAAAAGAGGUUUUAAAAGAGCUGAAUUUACUGAGAUUUUUCGUCUGCUUUGUCUCAAACAAACACAUAGAGCCUCAAAGCCAACAUAUUUUCUUCACUCAUGUUUUCAUUGUGGCUGUCCAUGCAGCAAUGGUGGCAUGGUUGUGUUUGCCAAGCCCUGGCAACAACAACAAAGAUGUGGCUCCAACUGAAAUGAAUGCUUUGCUUUUUGAUCUCCUGCAAAUGAAGAUUAAGCCCAUUAAUCCAGGCAUCCGCAAAAUCUAUGGCGAUGUUCUACAAGCUUUGAAAUCAACAAUACAACCAGAAUGGAAUGCAACUGACAGUGGCUUCGCGGAAACUGUUGUGCACAAUUUGGUGGAGCUACCAACUGUUAGUAAUCGUAGUUCAAUAGUUUCUUUGAAUGAUCAAAUGGCAAUCCUCCGAGAGAUGCUCAUCCUCUUAAGGGACCAUCUCAUCCAUCUUCCAAUACUAAACCUUGAUUUAUGUCUUCAAGAUAUGGACACUGUUAUUGUUGAUGCUGGACUUGUCAUUUACUCAUUAUAUGAUAGCGACACAGCACUGGAGGAUGUGGGCCAAGUACUUGGUCUUGAUCUUUUGGGCGACAUUCAGCCUAUCAGAGCAAUGACCUAUCUUAUCAUUCGGAAGGCAUUUGAAUAUAACUUGCCAAGGAUUCAUGGACUAGGCUAUGUCGAUUUCCUUUUAAACAAUCUGAAGGAGUUCCAGGGCCGUUAUGCAAAUUCUCUUGCUUCCAUCAGGAUUCAACUUCAAAUUAUUGAAAAGGAACUUGAGAGCUUGCAACCUUUCCUAAAGGCUGUUGCAGAAGAGCAACACAAUAAGCUCGAGACACUCCAAGAUUAUGCUACAGAACUGAUUAGCAAAGCAUAUGAGGUGGAAUAUGUAGUUGAUGCUUAUAUAAGCAAAGAAGUUCCUCACUGGUGUCUCGGGCGUUGGCUCCUGGAUAUCGUAGAGGAGAUAACUCGUAUCAAAGUAGAGGUAGCAGAGAUUCAGGAAAAGAAAAUGGUUGAGGAUAUAAUGAACGCUAGCACAGCUCGUAUGUCAUCAAAUUUGGCAAGGACUCCAAGGAUGAAUGAAGAAAUUGUGGGGUUUGAAGAUGUAAUAGAAAAGUUAAGAGACCAACUAAUAAAAGGGACCAAAGGGCGAGAUGUUAUCUCAAUCGUCGGCAUGCCAGGUCUAGGCAAGACGACUUUGGCCUACAGACUCUACUCUGACAGGUUUGUUGUUUCUCACUUUGACAUUCGUGCGCAAUGUUGUGUAUCUCAGGUAUAUUCACGUAAACACUUGUUAUUGGAGAUUUUACGUGAUGCUACUAAUGAGCACUCUAAACAUAGAGAAAAACGUGAUGAUGAGUUAGCUGAUGAGCUUCGUAAAACAUUGUAUUCCAAAAGAUAUCUUAUCCUUAUUGAUGACGUGUGGGAAGCAAGUGCGUGGGAUGAUCUAAUAGGCUGUUUUCAAGAUGCCAAUAAUGGAAGUAGAAUUAUUCUAACAACACGAAACCAUGAACUUGCCAACUACACUAGAUUUCAGAGUGAUCCCCUUUCACUUCGUAUGUUUGAUGAUGUUGAAAGUUGGAAGUUACUCGAAACAAAAGUGUUUGGGUAAGACAGCUGCCCUCCUCUCCUAAUGAAUAUUGGGCAACAAAUAACAAAAGAGUGUGGUCAGCUACCUCUUUCAAUUGUUUUGGUUGCUGGUAUUCUGGUAGAGACGGAGCAGAAAGCAGAAUGUUGGGAAGAAAUAGCCAACAAUUUAGGUCCCCAUAUUCACAGUGACUCAAGGGCCAUUAUAGAACAAAGUUAUCAGAUUUUACCCUAUCAUUUGCGGCCUUGCUUUCUUUACUUUGGAGCAUUUCUAGAGGACAGUGUGAUUAAUGUUUCAAAGUUGACAUGGUUGUGGAUCUCCGAAGGAUUUGUAAAAAGUCGUGAAGGCAAGAGUUUGGAGGAUAUAGCCGAAGGUUAUUUGGAGAACCUUAUUGGAAGAAAUCUAGUGAUGGGAACUAGGAGUUCUGGGGGUAACAUCAAAGCAUGUCACAUUCAUGACCUAUUGCAUGAUUUCUGCAAGGAGAGAGCAAAAGAAGAGAAUCUUCUCUUAUGGAUAAAACGGGAGCAAAAUGCCAAUCCUUCUUCCUGCAUGUACUCUCACAAGCAACUCUCUCAUUGCAUAUCCAUUUAUGGUGAAGAGUAUUUUAUUGGAGAAUGGAGCUCGUCAUGUUCCCUUGUUGGCUCUGUACUUAUGCUUGAUGAUUGCCUUACAUUUAACCAAGUCUCCCGCAUUUUGCACAGUUUCAAGUUUCUAAACGUUUUGAAUUUGGAGUUCACUAAGAUUGAUUCUUUCCCAACUGAUCUAGUUUACUUGAGGUAUUUUGCUGCAUACAUUAGCGGGAUUCCGUCAUCCAUAUGCAAUCUUUGGAAUCUUGAAACUAUGAUUUUAAAAUAUGGAGGACGCUUGUCACUACCCAUUACAGUUUGGAAGAUGGUUAAAUUGAGACAUCUUCAUAAUAUACAAGGCAGCUUGGAUAUGAAAAAUGCAGAAGGAUUACUUGAGAACUCCGCGAAACUUUAUGAUCUAGAAACUCUUUCCACUGUAUAUUUCUCUUGUGUCGAGGAUGCGGAUUUGGUUUUGAGAAGAACACCUAAUCUUAGGAAGCUGAGAUGCAUAUUCAAAGUUGGUGGCAACAGCUUUCAAUACCAUGUACUGAAUUUUCCAACAUGGCUUGAAACACCGAAGAUUCAUUCAGGUGCGGUUUUCAGACCCAUUCCCUUUUACAUCUCUGCAACAAAUCUCAAAAGCAUGACACUAUCCGCGUUUUACCUGAAUACUCAGCAACUAUCAGAAAUUGUUCUGCUUCAGAACCUUCAGGUACUCAAAUUGAAGCUCAUUAGGUAUGACAAUAAGGAAUGGAAAGUGAGCAAUGGCGAGUUCCCUCAACUCAAAGUCUUGAAACUACAAGAUUUAUAUUUUCUCUUAGAAGAAUGGAUUGUCGCCGAGGAUGCCUUUCCUAACCUUGAACGAUUGGUUUUGCGUGAAUGCAAAAAACUUAAGGAGAUCCCUUCUUGUUUUGGAGUCAUCUCUUCUCUGAAAUCUAUUGAGGUACAGGAAUGCAACGACUGCGUUGACAAGUCAGCCAGCAUUAUCCAAGAAAUGCAAGUUGAAGAUUAUCAAAAUACUAAAUUCAAGCUCUUCCUCAAGUAA